UGGACAAGAGCGCAACGGAGGAUGAUCUCAAGAAAUCAUACAGGAGAUUAGCUAUGAAAUGGCACCCUGACAAAAACCCUAACUCCAAAACCGAAGCUGAAGCCAAGUUCAAACAGAUCUCUGAGGCUUAUGAGGCAAGUCAUUUUCCAUUUUCUUUCAUCUUCCAAUCUCCGUCCCCCAUGAUCCCAUAG